GAUAUCUUGGACGAUAUUUACGUCGUAGAAUGGCUGAACAAACAUUAUCUUCAAUUACUACAUCCCUCCCAUCUUCCUCCUUAUCAUUAACUUCUUUGGAUUCUUUGAUUGACUUUCUAAAUCGUUCUCUCUAUUUAAUUAAUGAAUUUAUUGAGAGAACAGCCAAUGGAGGCUCUAAUGUUACUUUAGGGCCUAGAAUAUUAUUGCAAUGUCCAUUAGAUGGAGAUCAAGCCAAAGAAUGGUUUAUUCGUCUUUGGAAUGAUAAAUUAGUUCCUUAUUUACGUAAGGCUGUUAUUGAAGGAAAUAAUCCAAAAUCAGAUUUAAUUGAUUUAACUGAACAAAUUAAAUCAAUAUGGCCUUGGCAAAAUUUUUCUGAAGAAUUAAAACGAAUUGAAAUUAAAUAA